GUCUGUGUAAAUGAUGGAGUGAAGCUUCCGAGGGAAUGAGGAGAGAGAUGUUCUGUUGAAGGCCUGUGAACGUAAAGUUGGUGUUUGUUGUUUAAUGUACUUUGUGCUUGAUGUACUUCAUGUUUUUGACAGCGUUUCACCACAGUAGGAAACUCAACUCAAUAGAGGAAAUGCAACGGAAUCUUGGUUUUCACACGGCUUCUGAACAAGACAGAAAUAAACGCUUGUUUUAGUGUAUUUAGUCUUGUAGGUGCAAAGUAAAAUAAGAAACAACAAUAAAGAAGAGAUGCCUGGACCUCCUCCUCCACCACCUCCCGGACCUCCUCCAACCUUCGCAGUGGCAAACACAGAGAAGCCGUCUCUGAACCGAUCUCAGCAGCAGGGGAGAAAUGCUUUACUUUCUGACAUCGGCAAAGGAGCUCGGCUGAAGAAAACAGUCACUAAUGAUCGCAGCGCACCGUCACUGGACAAGCCCAAAGGGGAAGGAGGUGGAGGUGGAGGUGGAGGUGGAGGAGGGGGUGGAGCUCCAGGUGGACUGGGCGGUCUGUUUCAGGGUGGAAUGCCGCGGCUAAAAUCAGGGAGCAGAGACAGCAAUGUAAGACCCCCGAUGCCUCCCACAGGCGGCAGAUUCCCAUCACCCAGUAACUCAGGUGGAAGCAGACCCCCGGUCCCAACCUCUGGACGACCUUCACCUGGGAGAACCGGCGCCCCACCUGUACCUCCUUCUACUCGCCCACCACAGCACAGCUCUCCUGGUGGCCCCCCACCCCUGCCUGGAGGAGGUCGACCGCCUUCCACACAGCCCCCCAGCCAGCCGGGCAGACGUCCCAGCCUUCCUCCAGCCCCGAGGGAAGCUUCCUUUCCCCCACCACCUAUGCCCGCAAGUGCCCGGCCACCAUUACCCACAAUCCCCAGCAGGUCCUCAGAUGACUUCCCUCCUCCUCCACCCACAGGCGGUCACAGACCAUCUUUCUCUCGGGAUGGACCACCGCUGCCGCCACCACCUUCGACAGACAACAAACCACAGAGACCUUCGGGUAAUCCACCUCCAGCUCUACCUCCAGGAAGAGGGGGCCUGCCACCCGUCCCCCCAUCAUCCAGAGAUGAGCCGAGCUCUAGAACCCCUUCACGAAACAACCUCCCUCCUCCGCCACCGCCUGGACGCUCCAACCCAUUGCCCCCGCCGCCCAAUGACUCGCGCCCGCCGCCUCCUCCAACAGGCCGGAGUCCAUCUGUACGGUCAGGUCCUGUUCCACCUCCACCAGGAAACAGAGGCGGGGUUCCUCCUCCAGCACCUCCUCCGGGGCGACCCGGUGGAUCCGGCAGACCCCCUCCACCCCCGGACCGUCCCGGAGCAUCCGGCUUUCCUUCUGCACCUCCCCCUGACAUGCUGAAUGGUUUUCAGUGUCCUCCGCCUCCUGCCACAGAUGAAUGGGGGAUGAGGUUUUCGUUCCAUCCCCUGUCUGAAUUACCUCCUCCAGAGCCAUAUUUGCCCUUCCUUAAGUCUUACCCCAGCAAGGCCGGAGGCAAAGUUCAGAGAGACAGAGGUGCACCCCCCUUACCCCCAAUUCCUAGAUGAACGUCGCUUGGAUGAAAGUGUCAUGUUGUACACUAUGUGAAACUUGGGUUCUUGGAGUGCAUUAUUAUUUGUUUGGAAGGGUGUUUAGGUGGUUUCUUAUCAGCUCAGGUCAAAAGAGUUAAAGUCUCUACUAUUCAGAAUAUUUUUUUAAGAUGCUGUGUGACAACGUGUGACUAUUGUCUGUAAAUGUAAAAUUGAUAAAAUACCACAGCAUGAUCUUAUACAAAUUACACACUGUAUAUUAAAGUCCCAGUGAAAUUAAAAAUGACAAUUCUUAUUUUUUCAUGAAAUAUUGCAUCGUCUAUUGUAAAUAGCUUAUCAAUGUGGGUCACUUUAAAGUCCCCGGAAGUUGCGAUCGUUUUUACUUCCGUAUUCUGACACAUUUCCGAGUGAAAAGGAAUUUCAAAGGAGAAAAGUAGUGGGUGUGGCUUGCGUUUUUCACUGAGAAUUGAUUGGAUGUUGCACUGAUUUUGAAAUUAAGUUGAAGAUGAGGAGUUAACGGAUGCUCCGGCCAUGCUGUCUAAUUAACGUCAUUUUAGAUGGGUAGUCAUUUCAGGGCCGAAGUGCAUUUUCAGAUUUUAACUGAAGAUUAUGAGUGUACAUGGAUUUUAAAAAGAAAAUGACCCACAUUGAUAAGCUUUUUUUUUUUACCAUAAACGCUGCAAUAUUUCAUGAUAAAUAAGAAUUGUCAUUUUUAAUUUCACUGGGACUUUAAGGAUUCAUUCAUGUUUGUAGCAAAAAUUCAGGACGAUUAUGCACCAAUGAUCUCUUUUUAGAUAAAAAAAAUGAGUAACACAGUAGUAAUAGUCAUACUUGACUAACACCACAAACAAAUUUUAGGUCUAGAUUUUUUAAAACAUAAUUGUGACCUGUGAUAAAAAAAAUGUGGAUUGGUAAAAUUAUAAUGAUUAUGUAUGUUUCUUUUUCAACUGUGAUCUGUGGACAGGAUACUUACAUUGUGCCAGUCACACCUUGUGUUUUAUACCUGUGAACAACAUGUGUAGUUCAAUGAAGAUUAAUUUCAUUAUGUGUGAAAACACCAUAUAGGAAAAAAAUAAAAAAGUGUUGUAGACUUUUAAAAGAGAAAGCACAGAUCCACAUCCCGUAUUAUGCGCAGCACUAUACUGCCCUCUACUUGUGUUUUGGUUCAUUGCCACUGUCGCCUUUGACUCGCUCACUGGGAAACUGCUGAUGUUGGUUGGGGUUUUAUACUUUAAGCUUUUAAUAUAAUAAAUUGUAUUUAAUGUAUACAUCUUACAGGCCUUUUAUGGUAUUUU